UAUUAAACAAAUAAAACCAAGUAUUCUUUUAUAAAAAUCAACCUUUUUGGUGAUUCGGCAAGUGAAUUUUGCGAAAGUUACAGAAACAGAAAGAAAAUACGCAUGCUGCGCAGGUGGGCAGAAAAAAUCAAUGAGCGUGUAAAUUUUGUAAACACGCCAAGCCUUCGAAAAGCGUCAACGCACAAGCCCCUCCACCCCAACUGUACAAUUCACUGAGACGUGUCCAAGUAAUUAGCCAAGUCAGUAGGCAAAGAAAUCAGAUUACAAGCCAGCUGCAACUUAAGAGUUAAAAUGUUGCGGCUGUUGCGAUUGCUGCCGCUGCUGCUACUGCCGCUGCCUCUGAUCAUGACAGCUGACGGUCAGCCCGAGCUAGCUGAAGAGAGACCAACCCAUCGGCUGGCCAAGCGCAUGGAUCUGGAAUCGUGCAUAGGUCACUUCGAUGUGCACAAGAACACAAUUAUUCGGACUGGUGAAUCGCAGGCGAUUGGCGGAAAAUAUCUACAGGGUCUGGAGCUGGACACGCUCGAGGAGUGCGAGCGUCUCUGCUGCGAAACGGAUGCCUGCGAUGUGUACAUCUUUGAGCGCAAAGCGGGCGGCUAUUGUUAUCUCUUCGAGUGUGGUCCGCCCGAGAAUUUCCAUUGCAAGUUCACGCGGCAUGCGAACUAUACGAGUGCAGUGCUGACGCCACAAACGCACAACAAUUUGGAAAUGGUGGCAAGCACACCACGGCCACAGUUGCCGCACAUACCCAGCAACAACAUAUCGCAGCAGGAGUGGGAGUUGAGCAAUCUCAAACUCAAGCCGGAUGUGCAGCGCGACAAGCCCACAAAUCUGCUCAUGCCAACAACGGCAACAACAGCAACUGGUGGCUCAGUUUCGGCUCAGAGCGUCCCCUUGCCCCAUUGUGGACGUUUUCAGUUUGGCUGCCACUCGGGCGAAUGCAUUGCCGUUUACAAUGCCUGCGAUGGCAUUCCCCAGUGCGAAGAUGGCAGCGACGAGGGACCGGAAUGCAAUACCGUUGCCUCAACGGCCACAAAGGCCAGCGGUAACAGUAACACUAACAAUGUGGAACAAUAUCAGCCAGUACCGCCCAUACAGCAACAAUUGCUGACAGCACAGCAGCAGCAGCCGCAGCAGCAACAACAACACCAGCAGCAGCAGCAACAGCAUGUCAUUGUGUUGGGACCACCGCCGCCACCACCACCACCGCCCCCCAUGGUCAACAAUCGAGAGGAUGCCGCCGCUUGGGCUAAUCGCAAAAUGAUUGCCGAGACACAAUCGAAACAACAGCAGCAGCAACAACAUCAGUUGCUGCAACAACAGCCACAAGGCGAGAUUCUGAUUGCGGAUGAGCAGCUGAACAGUCACAUAUUCAAUCAUAAAGGCGGCCUGCAACUGCAACAGCAACAGUCGAUGGCAUUAAAUGGCCAGGGGCAGGUUCAGGGCCAAUUAGCGCCACCUCAACCACCACCAGCACAACCACAACAACGCCAACUGCCGACCUAUAACAACAACAAUAAUAAUGGUGGUGCUGGUGGCACUUUGUAUGGCAUGUCGCUGCCACGCUCAGACAUCUAUCUGACGCCACCGCAGCAGCAGCAGCCACAAGUUGUGAGCGUGCCACAACAGUCGACUGUUAUAAACUGGCCACAAGUUGCGGCGCCGCCAGCUCCAAUUGCUGUGCGACAAUCACAGCAGCAACAACAGAGUCACGCCUACAUAACUGCUGCAGCAGUUCCACCUGCUCCUGCCCCUGCCCCAGCCCCGGCAGCGCCGCAGCAAUCCAUGCUGCCCGUGCUGAAUGCAGCGCCAACGCAUGGCAAGAAUCAGCCAGCUGAUGAGGAUUACGAUGACUACGAGGAGGAAAAGUCCACAGAGGCGCCCAAGAAAAAACAGCGCAAGCACAAGAAAACCAAGGCCAAGAGCAGCAAGGACCCCAUCGAACUGGCGCUGGAGCAAAACAAACAGCAACAACAGUUGCCGGCAUUGCCUGUGCCUGUUGGUCCCGUGCACGAGCAAUAUAAAAUGAUACACGAGAAUCUGGCGCUGGAAUUCCGCGAUCACGAUGGCCACUCGGAGCGACCGGGUGGCGCAGUUUUGUCCCUGACCCUGGGUCUGCUGGUGACCGCUGCGCUGGCCAUUCUCAUUGGGUGUCGCAUGCGCACAGUGGGACGACGAGCACGUCGCAUGGGCGGCAAAACGCCCUAUUCCCAGGAAGCCGACUUCCUGGUCAAUGGCAUGUAUCUGUAAGAGUAGGGGCGUGGGCAUGGUCAUGUCGCUCGUAGUAUAUAAAUAUAUAUGUAUACAAACAUAUAGUUAAAUACAUAACGUUUUGUGUGCCAG